AUGGAGGGCCUCUUCUUCAAUGUAAAUUCUGGAUACGUCGAGGGCAUUGUUCGAGGGUAUCGAAACAGCCUUCUGAGCGGUCAGAACUACUCUAACUUAACACAAUGCGAGACCAUUGAUGAUGUCAAGCUCCAACUGGGCCCAGCUUACGGCGACUUCCUCGCCUCUCUCCCCCCGAACCCCUCCACCUCCGCCCUCGCUGGCAGGAUGACCGACAAGCUUGUGUCGGAAUUCCGAUACUUGAUCGCACAGUCUACUGGGGCAACGGCCAAAUUCCUUCGCUAUCUCACCUAUGGCUAUAUGAUCGAUAACAUUGCCCUCCUGAUCACAGGCACCCUGCAUGAGCGCGAUACCCGAGAACUCCUGGAGCGAUGCCACCCUCUCGGAUGGUUCGAGACUCUACCCGUGCUGUGUGUCGCAACCAACAUUGAGGAGCUAUACAACUCAGUCCUGAUUGAGACCCCGCUUGCACCUUUCUUCAAGGGCAGUCUGAGCCACCAGGAUCUGGAUGAGCUGAACAUCGAGAUCGUCCGUAACACUCUGUACAAGAACUACCUUGAGGACUUCUAUAAGUUUGUCAACACCGACCCGGACUUCUCCGGUCCCACCCAGGAGGUCAUGUCGGAAAUUCUUCAGUUCGAGGCCGAUCGCCGCUCUAUUAAUAUUACCCUCAACUCCUUCGGCACUGAGCUAUCCAAGCAAGAGCGGAGGAAACUGUACCCGGAAUUCGGAAAGCUUUACCCAGAGGGUAGCUUGAUGCUGUCUCGAGCAGAGGAUGUCGAGGGUGUGGCUUUGGCUGUGAGCGCUGUUGCGGACUACAAGACCUUCUUUGAUGCAGUGGGCUUGAACCAGGGUGGCAGCAGUAUGGGUGGUAUGGGUGGAAGUGACGGAAAGAGUCUUGAAGAUCUUUUCUAUCAGAAGGAGAUGGACUUGUCCAAGUUAGUCUUCACUCGUCAAUUCACCCCGGCGGUGGUUUACGGGUGGUUGAAGCUGAAGGAGCAGGAAAUUCGAAACGUCACCUGGAUCUCAGAGUGCAUUGCGCAGAAUCAGAAGGAGAGAAUCGGCAACUUCAUAUCAGUCUUCUAG